UACAACCAUUCAUUUCCUACUUGCAACCACCACCAUGGAAUCCACAACUCAAUCCAAAACUUCAUGGCUGGAGCUACUUGGUAGCAACAACUGGGAAGGCCUUCUUGACCCUUUUGACAUCAAUCUGCGAAAUCUCAUUCUCCGGUGUGGCGACUUCUGUCAAGCCACUUACGACGCUUUCAACAAUGACAAAAACUCAAAGUAUGCUGGGAGUAGUCGGUAUGGCAAAAAAUCAUUUUUUCACAAAGUCAUGCUUCAACCAUCCCCUGAUGAUUACCAAGUCGCUGCUUUCAUCUAUGCAACGGCUAAAGUAUCUGUUCCUGAAGCUUUCUUUCUUCAUUCUCUUUCUCGUGAAGCAUGGGACAGAGAAUCGAAUUGGAUUGGAUAUAUUGCAACUACUAGUGAUGAGGUGAGCAAGACAUUAGGACGACGUGAGAUAUACGUCGUGUGGAGAGGAACUAGUCGAGAUUUUGAAUGGAUUAAUGUUUUAGGAGCUAUAAACGCGUCUGCUGAACCACUGUUAAGCCAAAAGACAAUUGGUUUACUUAAAGCAGGUGCUGCAGAUAACAGCAGCAGCAGUGAUAGUGAUGAGGACGAGGCGGUACCAAAGGUUAUGCAGGGUUGGUUAACGAUUUACACUUCAGAUGACCCGAAUUCAGCUUUUACAAAAGUGAGUGCAAGAACACAAGUGUUGACCACUAUUAAGCAGUUGGUGGAUAAGUAUAAAGAUGAAGAAGUUAGUGUAAUACUUACAGGACACAGUCUUGGUGCAAGUUUAUCGAUCUUGGCUGCUUUUGAUCUUGCUGAAAAUGGGAUCACGGUCCCAAUUGCAGCAUUUGUGUUUGGUUCACCACAAGUGGGCAACCAAGUAUUUAACGAUCGUCUCAGUCAAUUCCCCAAUGUGAAAAUCCUGCACAUAAGGAACAAGAUUGAUUUGAUUCCGCUUUACCCGAGUAGACUAUUGGGGUAUGUGGAUUCGGGUGUGCAGUUUGAAAUCGAUACACGUAAGUCUGGGAGCUUGAAGAACUCAACGAACACUGGUGACUGGCAUAACUUGCAGGGAAUGUUGCAUGUAGUGGCCGGGUGGAAUGGGGCCGACGGUGAGUUUGAGUUGAAGGUCGAAAGGAGUUUGUCAUUGGUGAAUAAAUCAAGUGAAUUCUUGAAAGAUGAGUUCUUAAUUCCAGGAUCGUGGUGGAUCGAGAAGAACAAAGGUAUGAUUCUGAAUGAAAAAGGCGAAUGGGUUUUGGAACCGCCUGAUGAAGAGGACAUUCCUGUCCCCGAGAACACAGAGUGAAAAACCUUCGUGUUGCAUUUUAUAUUUCGAAAUCAUUAUCUGUUUCCAUUGUACUUGGUUGCCAUCUAAUGUUAAUUUGAAUUUAUGAUAUGCAAGUUUUCUGUA